UUUUCAAUUAUCAAUCCAUGUUCAAUCAUUUUGAGUAUAUUUAGAGAUUUAGAGAUUCUAAUUGUCAAAAUUAUAUCAACACUACGUCUCAAUAUAAGCCGUUGUGGUGUAAAUGAAAUUAAAUUUAAAUCUACAAAAUACACCAAAAGCCCAAAAUGAUACCAAAUCAAAAGAAACAUCCAAAAACAUAUCCGAUUGACCUUGAUAAUGAAUUACUGGUUUGGGAAAAAUGGAUAACAAUAAGGAAGGAAGAAACAACUAAAUUGGCCAAAAAAACCCGACGGCCGCCUGCCGAUUUAGUUAUGAAUUUAUACGAAAACGUCCGGCCGGACAGGGAAAGAAAAAUUGCUCUCGAAGAAGCUAAAAUACCACAAAAAGUUGGAGUAAGAGAUAGUUUGUGGGAGCAGCCACAAAGAUUGCAACAAAAAUGUUACUGCGAGCCAGUUUAUGAAGUUCAGAGAACACGAGCUGAAAUGGGUCGUCCUCGAAAAAUUGAGCAUAUUGACGUUCCUGCCCACAUUAAAGUUACCGAACUGGGUUACGCCGGUGUACAUCAUAGACUACAAUGUGAACAUUUAGAUAGUGAAUAUCAUCAGUAUAGAGAGAGGCGAGAAAAGGAAUUGCAAGAAAAAAUCUUGAAAAUAGAUCCCUUCAGACCUGAAAUUCACACUUUAAUGAUUAAAGGUAUCAACCCACCGCCACCGCCAAAAAAGAAACCAAUAUUACCUGAUGUAAAGGAAACUCUUGACAAUAAUCCUGCAUGUGUUAAUCUCCAUGCCGUUUACGCGUUAAGAGUGAACAAUACAAUUUUCCUUAAAGAAGUGCCCGAGCAGAAUUUAACUGAUUUAAAGCAAAAACAAAAGGAGCCAUGGCACGAAAAUUGUACUUCCUGGACAUAUUACUUUAAUACCCCAGUAACUAGGGCUGGCAGGGGUAAAUUAUAUCUUCAAAAUCUCGGUACUGUCACAAUCAGAUACUGCUGGAAAAAACUCAAAAAACCUAUCCCAUUUAUACCUGAAGACGAAGUGCAAAUGUUUUUUUUCAAUAAAAAUGAAGAUUUACUUACACCUGGCCAAGAGAAAUAUGUGUUUUUCACGUUUGUAUCAGAAAAACCUGGUAUUUAUAAAGAAUAUUGGGAAUUAAGCUUAUGCAACAUUGGUUUCUUUGAUACUCUUACAGAUAAACUUGUGAUCAAUUUACUGGCAGAUUCUAAAGAAGACUACAUAACAACAAACAUGGCAAUUGCACAACUUAAAUCUGAAAUGGACAUUAAGUCAAUCCAAUUUGAUGCAUUACAAUUAAUAAAUGACGCUAUAUCAAAGGCAGUUGCUAUUCAACCCGAAAUAUAUCCUUACAAGGAUUACUUUCUAGAAGCUGAAAUAUUUAUCAUGAAGAAUCCGGUUUGUUUCUAUCACCAAACUGAAGUAGCAAAAAUGAAAGAUUAUUAUGCGGAAAUGAGAAGAGGUGAAGAUUGGGAUUUAUCCAUACGAAGUUGGAGAGAGCAGAUGUUACAAAAGGAAUUCGACGAAAGAAUGAAAUACUAUGAAUUACUACGGAAAUCGCAUAGUGAUUUCUUGAAACCAUGGCAUGAAGGUGACGAUCUUUUGAAAUCCAAAUACCGCGCAGUGACGCUAUUACUAGUUCAGUUAGCUGAUGAAUUUGAUUCGGAGCACGAUCGCAUUUUUAACCCAGCAGAAGAAGCGCAAUCAUUACAAGAUACUACAUAUACGAGUAUACCAAGCAGAGAAUCACUCCACACAGAUCAACCAAACAUUGAUAUGAUGCGCAAUUUAUACUACAUAAAAAUGUUCGAACAUAUAGGCGAUACUAUGGAGGCCUGUGCUGGUGUUCUUAGUAGUUUAGAUUUAGACAGGUGGAUUGAAUUCGAUUUAUGUCGUACAUAACUUAUGAAAAAACGGUGAUUUUUAAAGAAUGGAAAUCAUUUUUCAAACCUGGGCUUGUUUUGUGCAAUAUCAAAUGGAGGGCUAUUAAUUUUUACGGAUUCAUUAAUUAAAUUAUUAGAUACGUUUGUUCCAUCAUCGCCUUGACAGAACAGUUUAUAAUGGCUGAGGUGUACAUUUGAUUUUAUAUCAUGAGUAAAGUCUAAGGCGUUAUAAAUGCAUUAUUUAAAUUAUAUUCUACACAAAAAAUACUAUGAGUUAGUUGCAGUUACUAAGGAUAAGCCUAAAGCUUAUAUCCAUAAAUAUAUCUUAAUUUUGUUUUGUUUUUUGCACAUAAAUAUGCUAAUGAAAUAUGUGUGGAUUUUAUUAUUCGUUCAUUAUGUUUAUUUCCUGUUUUAUUUUAUACGAUAAAAGGAUUUCCUUGGAAUAGUUCCAAGUAUUCUAAAUGAUAGAUAAAAUAAAUGAAAGCUUAUUCCAUUUGGUGAGUGGACAAUUCACUAGACAUUUGGAAGAGGGAAGUACGAGCGGUACCUAUACUUAUUAAAUUAUCGAAAAGGUUG